AUGGUUCAGCGCGCGUCGACCGGAUCGCGGCAGCUGAAAGUCAACCCAGUCAACGAUCCAGCAAGCAGUCUGCUAUCGCAGGGGUCGAAGAAACCGCUUCCCAAGGAUCUGCCGCUUCAGAUUGCACCUAAGAAGAAAAAGGGCGAAGCGGGGAAGGCGGGGAAGGCGGGGAAGGAUCAAGCGGCGUCGGGUGAGGUGAAGUCGGCGAAAGCGCGCCCAGCCCCUGGUGCGAAGCGCGCUACUCCGCCCGUCGCGGGUGCCAAACCCAAAGCUGCAGGCGUAAGACCUGGCCCUCCUGCGCAGAGACCGCGGCCGGCGGGCGCGGAUGCGCCAGGGAUGGGGGAGAGGCGGAUGCGGCCACCUCCGCCUGCCGGCAGCGGUGCCGGCGACGGCGGGCCCCGGGGCCCCCCUCGCGCUGGCGCUGGACGCGGGCAGGCGGCAGCGGAGAGGCCGGCGGAAGGACGGCAAAGGGAUCGGGGGGAGAUGCGGGGAAACGUGACCGGGCCGGGGCAACCGGCGGGGGGUCCACGGGACAUGGCGCAGCAAGGGGGUCAGCAGCAGUGGGGCGGGAGUGGCGGAGGGAUGGGCACGCAAGGAGCGAGCAUGAGCGGGCAGGGGGGCAUGGGCGGACAGGGGAUGGGAUGA